CACCAUAAUAGAUGGAUGUUGAGAUGAUGAAAAACAUGGGCGUGAACGGCUAUAGAUUCUCCAUUGCUUGGUCUCGAGUAUUGCCGAAGGGGAGAAUAAGUGGAGGAAUAAAUGAAGAAGGGAUCCAAUACUACAAGAACCUUAUCAAUGAGCUCUUAGAUAACGGUAUAGAACCAUUCGUGACUAUUUUUCACUGGGAUGUUCCUCAAACUUUAGAAGACAUGUACGGAGGACUUUUGGAUCGUAACAUUGUGUCUGAUUAUCGGGAUUUCGCAAAUCUUUGCUUUAGAGAAUUUGGUGAUAAAGUAAAGUACUGGAUAACAAUUAAUCAACCCUACAGCCUUGGGUUUAAUGCUUAUGGAAAAGGCGAACAAGCGCCUGGACGAUGUUCUGCUUGGAUGCACAAAAAUUGCACAGGAGGAGAUUCGGGAACCGAACCAUAUAUCGUAGCCUACCAUGAACUUCUUGCCCAUGCAGAAGUUGUUCAGUUAUAUAGAAGAGAAUAUAAGGAAACUCAGAAAGGCAAGAUAGGUAUUACAUUAGUAGCUAAUUGGUAUUAUCCAUUGAGAAAUACAAUUGAUGAUAUCAAUGCUGCUCAAAGAGCUCAAGAUUUCAAGCUCGGAUGGUUUUUGGAUCCAAUAGCAUUUGGCGACUAUCCAACAUCUAUGAAAAAGUUAGUUGGCAAAAGAUUACCAAAAAUCGCUCCGUGGGAAUCUAAACUUAUAAAAGGAUCAAUUGAUUUUCUUGGUCUGAAUUAUUAUUUUCCACUAUAUGCAUUUAAUACUGGUGCACCUGAUCCUACAAAACCAAGUGUUUUAACAGAUGGCAGAUUUGGAACUACAAAUGUUCGUGACGGCGUUCCAAUUGGUACAAAUUCAACGUUAUUUUUUUACAAUUCUACGGGAUUUUAUGAUCUUCUUACUUAUGUGAGAAAGAAGUACAACAAUCCUCUCACGUACAUUACAGAAAACGGUUAUGCCGACAGCAGUGCAAUAUCACUUAAUGAAACAUUAAGUGAUACAGGACGAAUUGAUUACUAUCAAACCCAUCUCUCAGCUCUUAAAAAAGCUAUCAAUGAGGGAAGCAAUGUUCAAGGAUAUUUUGCGUGGUCGUUACUAGACAACUAUGAAUUUGUUCAGGGAUUCACAGUACGAUUUGGCUUAAAUUAUGUGAAUUACAGUGACCCAUCAGAUAGACAACCUAAAGCAUCAGCCUUGUGGUUUACUGACUUCCUUAAUAACGUCGCAAAUGUCUAGUUCAAUGCGGCUUAUUGUGUGUUUCUGUUUAUGAAUUCAAGUGAAAAAUUGUAUCCACCUAAGAAUAUUCCUACUGGAUUAUUC